AGCACUAUAAAGCAGCCAACAACGACAUACCUCAACUCACACUUGUGGUAAAGACAGGUGGACUGCUGCCCUUUCUAAGGGAUAGAACACUCUUACUUUUAGUCGAGAAGUUACACUUACACAUACCAGAACCAGUGCAUGUGUUAUCCUCUCUACACUCUCGAACACAAAGACGAAAGUUUAUCUGCCAAGACAGAUUUCCUAAUUCUGCUCCAAAUUAUUGUUUCAAGAUGGCGGUUACAGCUCGUUUGUACGUUCUGCUGGUGGCUGUCAUGUUUUAUCCGUCGCAAAACAAUGGUGGAUUGCUGGGAAUUUCUCAAUCAAUAAAAGAUAUCAUAGAAGCGGCGAAAAAAUGUACGGCUCAGCGAACAGCUGACCUCAGUGGACGAAGUCACGCCGAUAUCGUUGCCGCCGCGAAAUUGUGGGCGCCGGUGGUCCGGUUGGCCGUGGGAGAAGAAUGGAAACCAUCCAGCGUCGAUUAUUUCCUCCAACACGUCAACUUACGCGGCGGCAGUCCGACUUCUGUCACUCCGAGCACACUGCCCACCUGUAACAGCAACUGUUACCUGGAAACUAAGACGCCGUUAUCUUGUGCCUCGUGCCGAGAACCUGCCGUCUUCAAGGGUCAGGAUCCUGCCAGCGCCCCAGCAUACGCUAUAUACGAGGACAAGGGUAGCGUUGUUGAAAUCACCUAUUGGUUUUUCUUUCCAUACAACAGAGGAAAGCGGGCGUGUGUGGGGUUAUAUUUUGAUAACGUAUGCCCGUGCUUCAAGGCGUGGGGCCAUUGCACAUGUCCUCGACUUAACGGAUGCGUAGGAGGGUACUCGACCUUUGGUAAUCACGUUGGAGACUGGGAACGCGUGAAGAUAACGUUUAAUAAUAACAAAAUUUACUCCAUAUAUUUGUCGAUCCACGGUUCGGACAUCACCAAGAAAUUUGGUGGAGAAUUUCUGUGGAAUGGCAACGAAUUCAAGAAAGGGGACCGCGUCGUUCAGAUGACUGACUGCACACACGCCCAAGUCUACGCAGCCAAGGGUUCCCACGGAAUGUGGCCAAACACAGGGGACCACGUGUACAAGAAACUCAUCAACGGAGACGAAUUGAAAGAUCUCUGUAGCGCCGGAACAGCAUGGAAGACCGCAGAUAACCUCAAAGUUGUCAAGAUGGCCGCCAAAGGACAGUUUACUGGGGAAUUCAGCUUUCUUAACUUCUUGGGUCGUUGGGGAAAUCGGGAACGUAAUUGUGUUCCACUUAUUGAUCAGUGUGUACUUUCAAAUGGUCCUAGAGGUCCACCUAAGUGAAAAUAUUUCGAAGUUGUUUCCACACUUUUAUCAUAACUCGCAUUACGCAUUUAAUAUGGUGAAUAAUGAAAACUUUCCAUUAUCUUCUACUUAACAUUCAUAUAUUUUGAUUAUUUUUGGCAUACCGGUUAACAUUAUCAAAAGUAAUCAGUGGCACUAUUAAUAUUUCGAUUUAUUGAUUAAUUUAAAUAGAUAACUAAAUACUGCACGAUUUUUCACAUUCAAAAGUCAUAUAUUUAAUUACUUACAUAAAAAAAAUCAAGAUACGCUUAUCUUUGAAAAUAUGAAAGGAAAAUUGUAUACACCAUGUCCAAUUUUCAGGUUUUUGAGAUAUCAAAGAAUAAAACCCAAUUAAUUAAAGUU